AUGAGUGCGCUGGUAGGCCAAGCCUUCUUGUCCGGCACUCUUCGCUCGUUGUUCGACAGCACAGGAGUCUCUCCUGACUCUGUCGAAGCUGCCAUCAGUGCGGAACAAGGGGGUCUCCAGAAUAAGCGAUCAGCUGACGAUGACCUCAAUGCCGCAUUGGGAUUGGUGGAGCGGUCGCGUAUAGUCAGGAAACCAGCACAGGGCUCUCGGCCCUUAUUCAGCAGAGAGGGCAGGUUGGAGGCACCGAAGCGAUACCCAGGAGUGUACGACAGCUCAGCCGCCGCGAGCAAUGUGGUGUCGUCGUAUGUUUCAGGCGCACGUGUUACGUUGCCGCCCGGGUCAACCACAGAACAGAACAACAAAUGGGAGGAGAUCAAUCUGCUGCCGCCCCCAAUUGCGCCCACGCGACAAACCGAGCGCACUGUGGCCAUCAGCGAAUUCAGCGCCAUGUCCCAAUUGGCCUUCAUGGGGUUCAAGGCUCUCAACAGAAUCCAGUCCAUUGUUUUCAAUGUCGCGUACUCCACCAACGAGAACAUGCUCGUGUGCGCUCCCACUGGCGCGGGUAAGACAAACGUCGCGCUGAUGACCAUUCUGCACGAAAUUGAGAAGAACACAGUGGACGGUAUUGUUCAACUGGAUCAGUUCAAGAUAGUGUAUGUGGCACCGAUGAAAGCUCUGGCUGCCGAGAUGGUCGAUAAUUUCGGCAAGCGUCUGGCGCCCCUUGGAAUGUCCGUGCGAGAACUGACGGGUGAUAUGUCUCUGACCAAAACGGAGAUUAAAAAAACUCAAAUGUUGGUCACAACCCCUGAGAAAUGGGAUGUGAUUACGCGCAAAAGCACCGGCGACAACGAUCUGGCUGCCUCCGUGCGACUGCUGAUCCUGGAUGAGGUGCAUCUGCUGCACGACGAACGUGGUCCAGUAAUUGAAAGUCUGGUCGCGCGUACACUGCGGCAAGUCGAGACAACACAGACCAUGACCAGGAUUGUGGGAUUAUCCGCGACCCUGCCCAAUUACAUUGACGUGGCCCACUUUCUGCGCGUUAAUCCGUACAUUGGACUGUUCUACUUUGACGGCGCUUUCCGCCCCGUGCCGUUGUCACAGACAUACAUUGGCAUCAAGGCAACCAACCGCAUGACCCACACCAGGGACAUGAACGAUGUGUGCUAUACCAAGGUGUCCGAGAAUGUUUUGAAGGGCGAGCAAGUGAUGGUGUUUGUACAUUCACGAAAGGAAACUGUGAACACAGCUCGAGCGCUGAUUGAACUGGCGCUCACCAAUGGCGAUGCUGAUCACUUCGACCCCACAGAAAUGGAGGGCUACGCGGCAGCUGCGAAACAGGUCGAAUUAUCACGCAAUCGAGAGGUGAAGGAGCUGUUUGCGAGGGGCAUGGGCUGUCAUCAUGCAGGAAUGCUUCGUCCGGAUCGCAAGCUGACGGAGCGGAUGUUCGCGGCAGGCUUCAUCAAAACACUCGUGUGUACGGCUACCUUGGCCUGGGGUGUCAAUUUGCCCGCUCAUGCUGUCAUCAUCAAGGGCACUAAUAUCUACGAUGCCAAAGCGGGAGGAUUCCGUGAUUUGGGAGUACUGGACGUGCAGCAAAUCUUUGGGCGUGCGGGUCGACCGCAGUUUGACACACAGGGAGAGGCGUUCAUUAUUACGGCGCAUGAUAAGCUAUACCGAUACAUCAGUUUGAUGACACAACAGACACCCAUUGAGAGUCGCUUCAUCAAUAAUCUGGCGGAUAACCUCAAUGCAGAGAUUUGCCUGGGAACAGUCGCCAAUCUGGAUGAGGCUGUGACGUGGAUUAGUUACACCUACUUGUUUGUGCGCAUGCGCCUCAAUCCAAUGGUCUAUGGCAUCACACAGUCUAUGCUCAGCAACGACCCCAUGUUGAUGAACUAUCGUAGAGAUCUGGCCAAACAAGCCUGUGCCAAGCUGGAUUCCAAUCAGAUGGUGCGAUUCUCGCCUGCUAACGGCAAUGUUGCACCCACGGAUAUCGGACGUACGGCCAGUCACUUUUAUUUGCGACACGAAUCCAUUGAGAUGUACAACAAGGAAUUCAAACCUCAGAUGACCGAGGCCAACAUCCUGAAUCUUAUCUCCAAUUUCGUUGAAUUCGAGAACAUCCAGGUCCGUGAUGAUGAGCUUGUCGAACUCAAGAAGUUGCACAAUGAGUGCGUCAUGCCUGUUAUGGGCGGAGCUGAGAACAAGAACGGCAAAGCCAACAUCCUGCUGCAGUCGUAUAUAUCGCGGUUGCGGCCGGAGGCAUUUUCAUUGGUGUCGGAUAUGUCGUACGUGGCGCAGAAUGCCGCACGAGUUUUGAGGGCUUUGUUUGAGCUGGCCAUGCGACGUUCCAUGCCUAUUGCAAGUAAACUACUGGUGUUGAGUCAAUCGCUGGACAAGCGGCUGUGGAGUUACGAGUCCCCGCUCAGGCAGAUGAAUACGCUCAAUCCUCAAAUACUUACCAAGAUUGAGGACUGUGAGUUGUCUGUGGAGGACCUGCGCGAGAUGCCUGAGGGGGAGAUUGGCGACAUCCUGCACCAUCCGCGCAUUGGGUCGGUGGUAAAAAAUUGUGUGCGAGAAUUCCCUUACCUCAACAUUGAGUACAAGUUACAGCCUAUCACACGAACAGUGCUGCGGGUGAGUCUGACCAUUGACGCAGACUUCCGCUGGAAGGACCAAUUGCACGGGGGUGCGCAGUCAUGGUGGAUUGUCGUUGAGGAUGCCGGGAAUGAGCAUUACUACCACUCAGAGCACUUCACACUCAACAAGAAACAGUACAAAGAGACGCACAACAUUGUGUUCACCGUUCCGGUUUUUGACCCGAUGCCGCCGCAAUACUUUGUACGAGCGAUGUCGGAUUAUUGGAUUGGGUCUGAAAUGGUGCUGACCAUGACUCUCGACCACGUGGUUCUACCUGAGAAGAACCCUCCCCACACGCCGCUGUUGGAUCUGAGACCCUUGCCCGUGACUGCGCUUCAAAAUCCGGACUAUGAGAGGAUGUAUCCAUUCCAGUUUUUCAAUCCGAUCCAAACCCAAUUCUUCCAUGCCAUGUACCAUACCGAUACCAGCGCACUUAUCGGUGCACCCACAGGGUCGGGUAAGACUGUAGCGGCUGAGUUGGCGAUCUUCCGACUAUUCAAUACUCAGCCAACGGCCAAGGUAGUAUACAUCGCACCGUUGAAAGCGCUAGUGACUGAACGGAUCGACAAUUGGGGUCGACGGCUGGUGAAGAACACUGGGUGCAAAAUGGUCGAACUCACUGGCGACAGCGCACCAGACCAACGGGCUAUCCGUGAGGCUCAGUUGAUCGUGACGACUCCUGAGAAGUGGGAUGGAAUCAGUCGUAGCUGGCAGAGCAGAGGCUAUGUGCAGGACGUGCGCCUGAUCAUCAUCGAUGAGAUACACAUGCUGGAGGCGGACAGAGGGCCAGUACUAGAGGUGAUUGUGUCGCGUACGAACUUCAUCAGUGCACACACUAAAAAGAGCAUCCGUGUGGUAGGCCUGUCCACUGCACUGGCAAAUGCACAUGACUUGGGUCGGUGGCUAGGCAUCACAUCGCCUGCAGGACUCUUCAAUUUCAGACCGUCAGUGAGACCUGUGCCCCUGGAGGUGCACAUCGAGGGAUUCCCAGGCAAACACUACUGUCCGCGAAUGGCCACUAUGAACAAGCCCGCAUAUGUGGCUAUACAGAACCACUCUCCCGAGAAACCUGUCAUCAUAUUUGUCUCCUCUCGUCGACAGACACGUUUGACAGCGAUGGAUCUCGUGAAGUUCUGCAUGGCCGACGAAAAGCCCAAACAGUACCUCUGGAUGCCCGAAGACGACAUUUUACCAUAUCUGGACGCUAUCAGAGACAGCAAUUUGCGCAAUGUUCUGGCCUUUGGUAUAGGACUACAUCAUGCAGGUCUACACCCAAACGACCGGCGAAUAGUUGAGAAUCUGUUUGAGCAACGCAAGAUCCAAUGUCUUGUGGCCACAUCCACACUUGCGUGGGGGGUCAAUUUACCAGCACAUCUGGUUAUUGUUAAAGGCACGGAGUACUUCGACGGCAAAACUAAGCGAUAUGAGGACAUGGCUGUGACUGAGAUUCUGCAGAUGAUGGGACGCGCCGGACGACCACAAUUCGAUGAUUCCGCAACGGCGUGUAUACUUGUGCAGGACACGAAGAAACACUUCUACAAACGCUUCCUGUACGAGCCCUUCCCGGUGGAGUCCAAUCUAUUGCAGGUACUCCCAGACCACAUCAAUGCCGAAAUUGCUGCGGGCAAUAUAAAGUCACUCCAGGGAGGGAUCGACUAUCUCACGUGGACGUACUUCUUCCAACGCGUUGCGCUCAAUCCAUCGUACUACGGGUUAGACGGGACGGAGGCCUCAGACGUCAAUAAGUUUCUGUCCAGGUUGAUUGAUGAGGUGUUGACAUCGCUGGAUGAACACGGCUGCGUGUUUGUCGACCCAGAUGACGGUACGAUUAUGUCCACACCGGCAGGACAGAUCGCAUCGUACUACUACAUUGCACACGAGAGUGUCGGGCUGAUGGCCGAUGAAUUGACCGAGUCGUCCACUGUGGAAGAUGUUCUUGACACCAUGACAAAUGUCGAAGAAUAUGCUGAGCUUCCUGUGCGCCACAAUGAAGAUCUUAUCAAUGGCGAGAUGGCCAAGGAGUGUGUGGUGCCUGUUGAUAUGAGCCAAUUGGAUCAGCCCUCCGUCAAAGCCAAUCUGCUGCUGCAAACACGGUUCAGCCGCGGAGAACUGCCCAGCACCGACUACGUAACCGACACCAAAACUGUGCUCGACCAGUCUAUCCGUAUCUUGCAGGCGAUGAUCGAUAUCAGCGCGCUGCAGGGUCAUAUGAGUUCGGCGUUGAGCACCAUCAAACUCAUGCAGAUGAUUAUCCAAAGCCGAUGGUACUCAGACUCGCCAUUGACGAUGGUGGACGGCAUCGACCAGAAAACCGCAGCAAGUUUGGAGCAAAAGGGACUGACUAUUGCCAGCCUAAUAGAAAUGGCCCAUAAAAAUAAAAGAGACUUCUACGGCGCGCUGAAGAAGGCGGGGAUUGGAUCAGGCAACAAAGGCAAUCGGGUGGCAGAUGGCGUAUUGUCGUUGCCACUGUUACGAGCGACUGCGUGUGUGCGAGACAAUGGCACGGAUGGCUCAAGCAGGCACAGAGUGGAGGAGACCAUCCCGAUUAGCGUCAACAUGAAUGUGGUCAAUGAGCGACGGAAUAAGACAGCCUACGCGCCAAACUGGGGUAGAGAUGUGCCUGAAGACUGGUUUAUACUGAUUGAGCACAACAGGCAGCUGGUGGCUCUGAAGAGGGUUUCACCGCGUGUGAAAACGGCAGUGGUGGCCGCACCUAUCCCAAAAUCUAUCCUCAGCACUCGCACCGAUUCGCACGCGAAGGAUAUUGACGAGGUGAAGUAUACCGUACACAUCGCUAGCGCUUGUUAUCUGGGUCUAGAUCAAGAGCUACCCCUUGUGGUGACAGUUUGAAUGCAUGCUGGGCAACCGAUAUAGCUUCAUCUAUUCGCAAUAGACUACGCUCCGUACCGUUCAAAGGAUUCUGAGUUGGAUUUGGAUGAUUACUAUAGAAAUAAAACCGGCACUAACAAAGGAGAAGCGCAAAUAUCACUCCGAGUUUAUCUAAAGUUCUCGAUGCCGAUAAAUUUCUAAUAUUAUCGGCGUUCGCUUACCUAGAAUCUUUAGUUGCUAAUUCUCGAGCGGCCGUCACAAAAACUGAG